AUGGAUCUGAGUAUGAAGAAAGCCUCACCCUACGCUUUAAUUUUUGAAGAGCCAGCGCCUACAGGGGUUGAAUUAAUCGUCCAGAAUGAUGGAGAAGUAUCUGGAAGGAUAAUUGGUAUCAACAGUACACCAGAUCAUACUACGUAUCCGAAAAUAUGUGUCGUUAGUUUAACCUCCGUCGCUUACGUCCAAGUAUCCUGCGUGACGAGCAACGAGCCCUAUCGUCCGCAUCCUCACAAAUUGAUUCACGACUGGGAAGAGGGGAAUCAUGAGGAAUUUUGCAAAGGAGUUGUCAAUGCACAAGUCAAGCCACAUUUUCCCGUUGCUGAAUUCAAUGACGUGAAGCUCCAGUACGUACCUAGAGAAGGUGUCAAAAAGGCACUUGCCAUACGAAGAAACGCGCCAGUCAAUCCCUUUGGCAAUGCGGAAUGGGAUGACUCGGAAAUUGAGGAAAUUGAUCUUAAUUCCGUUAGAUUAUGCUUCCAAGUUUUUAUCAAGAAUCCAAAUACUGGAAAGCUGCAAGCAAUUAUUCCAAUUGUUUCGGAGCCUAUUUAUCUAGAACCACCAUCACAUCAUCAGAUAUGUAAAUAG